UAUAAUACCAUUUUAGAGAAAUAAAACAAAAUGAAAUUCAUGGGAAUGCUUAUUCAAAUAGUGAUGAUGGUGAGCAUAGCAGGAUGCCUUGCCACAGUUGCUUAUGCUGCUGAAGGGACAGCCACUUACUACACUCCGCCUUACGUCCCCUCUGCGUGCUAUGGAUACGAGAACAAGGGAGUGAUGAUAGCAGCAGCAAGCGACGCCCUAUGGAACAACAAGGCUGCGUGUGGAAAAAGGUACAGGGUCAGGUGCACCGGAGCCACUAACCAAGGGAUACCCCAGCCAUGCAAGGGUGACAGCGUUGUCGUAACGAUAGUUGAUUACUGUCCACCAGGUUGCCAAGGAACUAUUGAUCUCUCCCAGGAAGCUUUCUCCCAGAUUGCUGAUCCUAAUGCUGGCAAAAUCAGGAUUCAAUAUACCCCGGCAUGAGGGAAGUUGGAGGUGGAACGUUAAUAUAUAUAUAUAUAUAUAU